UCCCGAGAAUCUCGUCUCGUAUCCUCUCCUCCACACUCUCUCUCUCUCUCUCUCUCUCUCUCUCUCAUCUCUCUUCGCCUCCUAUUUUGGAGCGCUCUCUCGCGAUGGGGAAACCCUAAUUUGGUCGAAGAGAGAGAGAGAGGUAGGGGGAAUGAGAUCGCGAUGCGUAUCGGGACCGACCCCUCCUCCUUCUCCUCCUCCGCUUCGUCGACGUUGUCGUCUUCGUUGGUCUCCGCGCGAAUGAAGCCUCCGUGGCGAAUUUCUCCCCUCUUUUUGUGAUGUGAGGUGAAUAAGGAAAGCCAUGGAUGGUGCUGAGGUUGAGGAGCAUCUCCUUGCUGCGGGCAAUUGGAAGUUGCAUGGAGGGAUGUGUAAACAACUCAGUGGAGUUGUUUAUAAAUUUUUGGUCAUCUUUCCCAUCCUGGAAGCUGCAAAACCUGCAAGCAAGUCUGGCAUUCAGGUAUUGUGUUCAUUGCACAUAGCUCUUGAGAAGGCAAAACGUUUGCUUCAGCAUUGCGCAGAAUGCAGCAAGAUUUACUUGGCUAUAACCGGAGAUUCAGUUCUUUUGAAAUUUCAAAAGGCAAGAUCUGUUCUUCUGAAAAGCCUUCAACAUGUCGAUGAGAUAGCCUCCCCUUCUAUUUCUUGUCAGAUUGUAGAGAUUCUAAGCGAGCUUGAGGCGACUGAGUUCACUUUGGAUCAGUUGGAGAAGCAAGCCGGUGAUGAACUUAUUCAACUGCUUCAGAAGGACAGAAAACUCAAUACCACGUCCAUCAAAAAUGUUGAAUUAGAAAAUUUUCACCAAGCUGCCUCAAAGCUAGGCAUCACAUCAUCCCGAGCUGCUUUAACCGAGAGAAGAGCUCUCAAGAAGCUUAUCGAAAAAGCCCAUGCUGAAGAAGAUAAGAAGAAAGAAUCCAUCGUAGCAUACUUAUUACACCUCAUGAAAAAAUACUCCAAGCUGUUCAGAACUGAAGCUUCUGAUGAUACUGACUCCCAAGGUUCUUCUCCUCGUUCGCCAACACUCAAUUUGUUUAAUGAGAAUGGCCAAGCUUUCGAAAGACAGCUAUCGAAACUAGGUUCUUUCAAUUCCAAGCAGAAUGAGGUAUUAUCAGGGAGUUUUCCGAUUCCACCUGAGGAGUUAAGGUGCCCAAUAUCAUUACAACUGAUGUAUGACCCCGUUAUAAUCUCAUCCGGGCAGACAUAUGAGCGAGCAUGCAUUGAGAAAUGGUUCAAUGACGGCCACAGAACUUGCCCUAAAACACAACAAGAGCUAUCUCAUCUCUCUCUUACUCCCAAUUAUUGUCUUAAAAGUUUGAUUACUAGUUGGUGUGAACAGAAUGGGGUUCCCAUUCCAGAUGGCCCACCAGCAUCUCUAGACUUCAACUAUUGGAACCUAGCUUCAACAGAGAGCGAGGCCACUGAUUCGAGAUCAGUGGAAAGUAAUGGCUCGUUCCAUUCUGCGGAUAUGAAGGUGGUUCCUUUUGAUAAGGUUGGUGAUGCUAAUUUGGAAAAUGGCUCUUUUAAGAAGUGUGGAGCGGAUGGGAGAGAGAGCUAUGAAAGGUCGGCAAGUGUGCUGAGUGAGAGUGGGAGUUUGGCAGAGCAACGGAAAGCUGUGGAGGAGAUUAGAGCGCGGUUGAAGGACGAUGAGGAAGCGAGGAUCUGUAUGGGUGCUAAUGGCUUUGCUGCAAAGCUGGUUCGGUUUUUGGAGAAGGCUAUUUGUGAAUUAGAUGAGAAAGCUCAGGAGGUCGGAGCAAUGGCUCUGUUCAAUCUUGCUGUCAAUAAUAACAGUAACAAAGAAAGGAUACUACAUGCCGGAGUGAUCCCCCUGCUCGAGGAGAUGAUUGCGAAACCGAAGGCCUCCGAGGCGGCCACUGCUCUUUACUUCAACCUCUCCUGCCUUGAUGAGGCUAGGCCGACCAUCGGCUUGAGCCGGGCCGUCCCUUUCCUCAUCCAAUUCCUUAAAGAGAAAAACAACUCCCAAAGCAGAACCCGUCAGCUCGACGCUCUCUACACCCUUUACAACCUCUCCGCAGUUGCCUCAAACAUCCCGACCCUAAUUUCCUCCGGCAUCAUCAAGAAUCUCCACUCGCUCCUCGGUGCGGGCUAUCCGUUAGUCGAUAAGUCGCUCGCCAUUUUCAUAAACAUAGCGCUGAAACCAAUCGGACGGAAAGAGAUGAUCGCCACACCGGGACUGAUCGGUUCGAUUGCGGCGAUCUUGGACGCCGGCGAACUGGCGGAGCGAGAGCAGGCGGCAGCAUGCCUGUGGGUGCUGUGCGACGAGGACGAGGACUGCAUUCACCACGUACUGCAAGAAGGGGUGAUUCCAGCGCUAGUUUUGCUCGCGGCGAACGGGACUCAGAAAGGGAAGGAUAGGGCGCAGAAGCUGCUCAGCCUGUUCCGGGAGCAGCGGCAGCGCAAGCUGUCGCCAGGCCGGGUUCAGCUCCACGAAUUCGACAAGGCAGAAUUCGGGUUCGAUGAGCCACCGCCGCGGAGAGCGGAGGUGGCUGACGGGCGAGGGUGCCUGCCGGAGGUGAAGCACUUGAGCAAGUCGAGGUCGAGGAGGCUGGGGAGGGCGCUGACGUCUAUCUGGAAGCACGGGAAUUUCUCGCGGUGUCGCCAUGACUAGAAUUUGACGGCACGGCGCUCUACGCCUUUAUAUUGGGUAUGUAUGUAAAUUAAUUCUCUUUAAUGGUAGCUUUUUUUUUCGCCCUUCAAUUUGUGUUUAUGUUGUUCUUGUUUCUGUAUUGUGUUCUGUAAUUUUCAAUCUAUUCUGCUCUGUUACUUUGCACAAGUCUGAAAAGAAAAGAAAAGAAAAGAAAAACCCUAGAAUUGUACAGUCCUUUCCUCAGUUUGGAAAUAUAGCAGAGUUUUUCUUUGUAUGUUUCA